AUGACGCAGUAUCAUUUCAUGCGUAAGUACAAUCAUAUUUAUGACAAACUUUAUUCUAUACAGAUAACUAGAAGAAUGCAAUUUCCUAAAAACUUAUUGUCAAGGCAGGCAUGGAUUAAGUUUGUCGAUAUUCCGAAUUGGGAACCAAAUGAUAACACUAGACUGUGUUCUAAACAUUUUGCUGAAAAUUGUUUCGAUCGAUCUGGAAAAAUCGUUCGCUUGGUCGAUGCUGCUAUUCCGACUAUACGAAUUGAGCGAUUAAAAUAUGUUCGCAAUAUGCCAGUGGAAGUUCAAAUUCCAGUACCCCAAACAGAUUUUUCGAAAUAUACAUCUAUGGUUGCACAUAGUUCCGAUUACAUGCCAAGUUUGAACGAAAAUAAUCAAGCUUGCACAUCGUUUGCCGGCAAAGAUAUCACUGAAGAAAAUUCUAUCAUAAUUGAUGAUAUCAAUUCUCCAGGACCAUCGGAUUCAUAA